AUGGCUGAUUUUGACGUGGAAACUAGCGCAAAGGCUGUCAUCGAGGUGAUUGGCACUCAUGGGAGGGAAUCAAAUGGCACAUUCUUGAACAUCCGACUAGCAGGUUGGGUAGAGAGUGGGCCCAACCAGUAA